GUCGUCGUCGUCGCUUCUUGCUGCAAGUACUCAACCACUUGGAGAGAAAUUUGACCAGGCAUGAUAUAUAUAUCUGAUUGACUUGAUCAUAACAGGGGCUGCUACAUAUAAUAGUUGUGUUAGGUGCACUCAUGCAUGGAUUGACGUGCCCUGAUUUCAAAUUUGACCAGGCAUAGUUGACACAAUCCAGACUGUUACUCAUAUCUAGUCCCAGAUGGAGUAGCUCAAUUUGCUUCUUUAUUUAUAAAUUAUUAAAGGGGAAAUAUGUCCCUUAGGCAUACUAAAAGUGAACUUGAUGAUGCACAGAACUUUUCCUGGAUUUGAGUAUGGCUGACCAUGUCUCAAAAGUUUAUGCAAAAUAACCAGUAGUCUCACUAGCCAGAGACCAUUUCUAUGGGUUGCUCCUUUCCACUUGACUAUGUCCAUUGCCCACAAGUUCACACUGCUCGUUGCGCCUAUAUAAACACAUGCUUCCCCUGCAUACUCAAACCAUCACUCACACACAGGAAAACAAGAGAAAAGAAGAGCGAAAGAAGCUCAAAUCGAAUGGCGUCGUCCCCUUCCUUCCUUCUCCUCGCCGCUCUUCUUGCCUUGGUCUCAUGGCAGGCUGUUGCCUCCGACCCUGGCCCUCUCCAGGACUUCUGUGUCGCCGACAUGAAUUCACCAGUACGUGUCAAUGGGUUUGUGUGCAAGAACCCAGUGGAGGUCAACGCUGAUGACUUCUUCAAGGCAGCCGCCCUCGACAAGCCUAGGGUGACCAACAAGGUUGGAUCCAACGUCACUUUGAUCAACGUCAUGCAGAUUGCUGGACUCAACACCCUCGGCGUCUCAAUUGCGCGCAUCGACUAUGCUCCCUUGGGCCAGAACCCACCACAUACGCACCCUCGCGCCACUGAGAUCCUCACGGUGCUUGAGGGGACACUGUACGUUGGCUUUGUCACAUCCAACCAGCCCGCCCCAAACAGAAACAAGUUCCUCUCCAAGGUGCUCAACAAAGGUGAUGUGUUUGUCUUCCCGGUGGGGCUCAUUCACUUCCAAUUCAACCCCAACCCCCACAAACCCGCCGUUGGAAUUGCUGCGCUUAGCAGCCAGAACCCAGGGGCUAUCACAAUUGCCAAUGCGGUGUUUGGGUCGGACCCACAAAUAUCCGAUGAUGUUCUUGCCAAGGCGUUUCAGGUGGAAAUUGACUGGCUCCAGGCUCAGUUCUGGGAGAACAACCACAACUAAGUGAAACGUUGGCUGAUUACACGGAGGACCAGUGCGCAAAUUAAGGACAUGUUCGAGUUUCUAGAUGUGCAUCCUAAUCUAUAAAAUAAAUGUAGGAUAUGUCAUUCCAUUGCGUGUCUGUAAUGAGUGACUGUAUUUCUACCUUCUGAA